CAUCUCGGCUGGUGCCACUGUAAAUAUGUCUAUCAGCCCAUGACUCCUGUAGAGCAGCUUCCAAGCACUGAAAUACCUGUCCGACCCCGGGAGUCCACAAACACCAUUCAGAUCUCUGUUUCACUCACUGAACACUUCUUGAAAUUUGCACCCGUCUUCCAGCCACCACUGCCCCCAGAUUCUCCACGGUACUGCACAAUCUCAGACCUUUUUAUUGACAAUUACCGCGUGAAAUGCAUCAAUGGGAAGAUGUGUUACGUCCAGAGGCAGCCUCCCCCUGCCCCCCAUAAAAUGAAGCCUGAGGAGGUCCCUGUUCGCAAUGCCUUAAUCUCAAAAGAGAGCAAUACACCAAAAAUAGAUCACUGCUCUUCCCCUUCCAGCUCUGAAGACUCUGGGAUCAAUGCAGUGGGGGCUCAUUAUAUGGAGUCAUGUGAUGAGGACACUGAGGAAGGGGCAGAGCUAAGUUCAGAAGAAGAUUAUAGUCCAGACAGCAGUUGGGAACCAGACGAAUGCCCGCUUCUGUCUCCCUCCCAGUGCGAACUGGAAGUGAUUGAGACAAUAGAAACCACCGUGUGACACUCCACAUUGGCGCCCAUCUGACACGUGCUAUUGAUUGUUGCUUUUGUAGCAUUUAUAUUUGCUUUCUUUCGGAUGAGUCCUUUUCUCUAGCACACUUGAGGCUCCUCAAACUCCUCACAGAAGAGUAGCACCGAGACUUGCACAUCAGUGAGUUAGCUGCUUGAAUAACUGAUUCUACCAAUUAAUUUUAACGAGCUCCCUCACUAAUCAGAUCUCCCACUCCUACAUUUUGGCAAUGAUAACAAAUUACAUGGCUCUUGUAACAGGCAGUGGGCCUGAUCUCAGUCUGGGUCACUUCAUUUACAGUUAUUUAUAAUGGCAAUCUUGAACCAUGCUUGACACUCAUCUACCAGGAUGUUUGCGAUGCACUUGCACAAUGUGGGGCUUGUUGCAAAGCAUCAUGGGGAGGCUUAGACACUUUGUCUGAAGAGUGAGAAAGCCAAGUAGACUUUCUUCUCUCAUACAAACAUGUGCACCCAGCAUGGAGAUGCGAGGUACUUCUCCAUCUCCUCUUGCCAAAGGCUCACCCAUUGGCACAUCCUCUUGUCUAGGGCUGGAUGUGACUCCUCUCCAACCCUGUUGAUAACCUUCUUUCAUUGGGGUAGAGAGGAAUGCAAAGUGCCUCCAAUGCUCCUCCAGGUUACACAUAACACAUCUGCAGACUCAGAAGCCAGGGAGUGGUUGUGAGGCCUGAGCGGAUGUUCUCUCACAGCCAAGAGGAUGCUUAGCUCGAUCCAACCAUUCUCUCUUCUGACCAAAAGAAAGAGCACUGUUGGGUUUUGGGGGAGAAGGUGAUCUGUAAAAAUGGAGAUCGCUCUGGGGUCAGCUGUAAAGUAAUAGCUUAAAGUGAGAGAGAGAGACCCGUCAGAAGCAGCCCCAAAUUGCCAUGAAUGCACUGUACAGAACAAUCUUGCAUUGAACUGGGGUUUUGUCCUGUCUUUGGCUGGGAUGAUCUAGUUGGGGCUGGUCCUGCUUGGAGCAGGGGUUGGACUAGAUGUGACCUCCUGAGGUCACUUCCAACCCUCAGUUUCUAUGAUUUCUAUGAUUUAUGCCUCUGACCAUCUGAAUUACCUUUGGUUUGAUUAGGAGUUUAGUUUAAGGUGGGGAGGUAUGCUAACCAGUCGCUCCAGAGCUGAACGUGUCCAGCUGGUGUUAACUUCAGCUAAUUCCAGAGGCACCUGAUUCAGUGAUGAGUUGCAGGACAGAAUCAGUGACUUGAUUUCUCACUUUCCCACCACCCUAACCUCUUCAUAUUUUAUGUCAUUUCUUUCAAAUUUACACCACCUACAUGCAAGCGCCCAUGUACGUGUUUCGGUUAGAGGGGUUACUGAUAACAACAGUAUUAAUACCGUGCAUGUGCUGUGACACCUCUAGUUACAUGUUUUGUACAGUAAUUGGGAGAUCACAAAGAUUCAGUCCCGUGGUCUCUCUGGUCAGUUCAGCCAUCAGAUAUGGGUGGCUUUGAAAUGAGAUUUUCCUAGACAAGGCAGUAAAAUAGGAACCACUUUUCUGUCCUUACGGUUUAGUCCUAUUUGACAAUAGGGAAGUGUUCUCGGAAAAGUUCUGUAUGACUGAAUUGCUUGGGGUCUGUUACAAUAAUAUUUUGCUUCUGACAGUAAAUACAGCCUUAUCGUAUGUCUUUUGUUUGCUGUUUACCUUUCAAAAAGCAUUGGCAAGAAUAAGAACGAAUAACCAUGUACAGUUUUAGCUACCACUGCUAGACUCUUUUAUUCUGUGUUGUAGACUGGAACAUCUUUACCACUGUAUCCUCACAAUAUAUUCUGAAUUUUAUACACUUUGUAAUCAACACCUUUAGAAAAUGUUUAGACUACGGUACAUGUGUGCUAGGAAUUUAACAUGAAUUGUUAUAUAAAGUAAUACUGUACUUUUUAGACUAAAAAUAACACUUUGAGAGGAAAAAUAAUAGGUUUUCUAAUUUUGAUGAAUUACAGUGCAAUGCUUGUUAAACACAUGAGGACUUUGGGCCUUGGACGUGAACAGAUAAAUUCUUACCAGGCACUUACGCCGUUUUGCUGACAUUUAAAGGAUGACUGCAUUAAAGUUAUUUAAGUAGGAUUUUUUUAAAAUAUGGGGCUUAUCUUUCUUGGGUAACCAAGGUUUUUAUCUUAGUAUUGUACUGUCUCAAGCAUUCUCCUGAGUUUUAUAGGUAGAAGAAAACAUUAUAUGCAAUGAUAGCACUAAUUUUAUCUUUCAAAUGUAUUACGACUCUCUCAAGAAUCGGGCAAGUCUGUCAUCAUGUGCCCUGCCUGGCUGACUUAACCUCCCGGAAGUGGCUUUUCCAGUUGACGGGCAAGAAGAAGCGUCCUUUCAGGAAUCCAGCAGCAGAGAGGCCUUGCUGAAGAAAACUUCUAGAAGUAAUUACAAAUUCUGUUUCAUGAUAGGGACAGAAAAUGGAAGGGACAGCUUGAGAACUUGGUAACCUAAAUGGAGACCUCACCAUCUUCCUUUGAAUUCAGGCAAGAAGCCCUGCUUAUCAGCAGAGUCAUCGUGGCAUCUAGUGAAAAUUAUUUGGGUAGUUAUGGCUAAGGUUACCCUAACCUCCUCGACCUUCACUGGUCCCAUACCAUCAUUGUAUCGGGAAGCAUUUGUUCUGAACUGUCAGUAAUUAGCAAUAUUAAUAAAUUGCGUGUCUGUCUUAUCCAGGAUCUGUUCAAGUCUUAAGCACAACGGGCUAAAUCCCAGCCAGUGGUGCACCCUGUAGCAUUGUAGUGCCAUUUCUUGGAUGCAAGGCAGGCUGAGAUUUGGGCAAAUGUUUUAACAGGUAAUUCUGUAAAACCUUUCUCCACUAAUUUAUAUUCCAUUUUCCAGCCUGCUUUUUGUGUAUCCUAUUUCCUGCUCAAACAAAUGUGAUUUUUUUUUUCUUUUGCACAAGUAUGGACUUAGGUCAGUCUCUUUUACAGAAUACCUAAGUCAGUCUUUCUAAUGCAAGUAACUAAGGAGUGUCCUCUUUCAAGUGUAGGUGUAUAUGUAUUUCCUCUUUAAUAAAAUACUAAGCAACUGAA